AUGGCUAAAGUGUUCGUCAGGUUCAACUCCAGCCAUGGCUUCCCCGUGGAGGUCAAUUCCGACACCAGCAUCUUCCAGCUCAAGGAGGCGGUUGCUAGGCGACAGGGGGUUCCAGCUGACCAGUUGCGUGUGAUUUUCGCAGGGAAGGAGCUUCGGAAUGACUGGACACUGAAGAACUGUGACCUGGAGCAGCAGAGCAUCGUUCACAUUGUCCAGCGGCCCCAGAGGAGAGAGCCAGAAGCUGAUCUACCCAGCGGGGCUCGCCCCAGAAUUGCUGUGGGAGAUGGUGGAAGAGAACCAGCCAGCUUGACCCGUGUGGACCUCAGCAGCUGCAUGCUGCCUGCAGACUCUGUGGGCCUGGCUGUUAUCCUCGAUAAUGACAAGAAGGGUGACCCUCGACCAGCUGAGGGUGCAAGCAAGGCCCCUUACAACAGCUUCUACGUGUACUGCAAAGGGCCCUGUCAUGCUGUGCAGCCAGGGAAACUCCGGGUGCAGUGCGGCACCUGCAAGCAGGCAACGCUCACCUUGGCUCAGGGCCCUUCUUGCUGGGAAGAUGUCUUAAUUCCAAAUCGGAUGAAUGGUGAAUGCCAGUCUUCAGACUGUCCUGGGACUAAAGCUGAAUUUUUCUUCAAGUGCGGAGUACACCCAACUACUGACAAUGAAACAUCAGUGGCCUUGAAUCUGAUCACAACCAAUAGUCGCUACAUCAGCUGCAUCACGUGCACUGACACCAGGAGCCCAGUCCUGGUUUUCCAGUGCAACUACCGCCACGUGAUCUGCCUGGACUGCUUCCACCUCUACUGUGUCACCCGGCUCAAUGACAGGCAGUUUGUCCACGAUCCCCAGCUCGGCUACUCUCUACCUUGUGUGGCUGGCUGUCCCGACUCCCUGAUCAAAGAGCUGCAUCACUUCAGGAUUCUGGGAGAAGAGCAGUACAACCGCUACCAGCAGUAUGGAGCCGAGGAGUGCGUGCUGCAGCUGGGGGGCGUGCUGUGCCCCCGCCCAGGCUGCGGGGCAGGGCUGCUGCCGGAGUCCGGAGUGCGCAAAGUCACCUGCGAGGGAGGCCGAGGCCUGGGCUGCGGGCUCGUCUUCUGCCGGGACUGUAAAGAGGCCUACCAUGAGGGUGAAUGCAGUGCCCAGUUGGAAGCCGCAGGAACAGUUGUUCAGGGCUACAGAGUGGACGCCAAGGCAGCGGAGCGUGCGCGCUGGGAAGAGGCCUCCAAAGAGACCAUCAAGAAAACCACCAAGCCCUGUCCCCGCUGCCACGUGCCCGUCGAGAAGAAUGGUGGGUGCAUGCACAUGAAGUGUCCGCAGCCGCAGUGCAAGUUCGAGUGGUGCUGGAACUGCAGCCUGGAGUGGAACCGCACCUGCAUGGGCGACCACUGGUUCGAUGUGCCUGAAGAACAUCAGAGCCCAGAGCGAGACACUUCUCCAGACGUCAAGUGCGUGAAUGAGGUCAAGUGCGAGGUCAAGGGCAGUGCACAUCCCAGAGUCAAUGCAGAGCGCACCUCUUGUGUGGAUGGUCGUUGUCGAGAUAGGCUGAGCCAGGCUGACAAGAACACAGAGGGACUUCUGGGGGCCAAUCCCAUGCGCCUGACCACAGAAACCAUCAGCAAGAAAUCGGCUGUGAAAAUGAACAUAGCCCUGGCUCUGGCCCUACCCCUGGCUCUGGCCCUGGCCCUGGCCCUGGCCCUAGCUCUGCCCAUGGCCCUGGCUCUGGCCCUGGCUCUGGCCCUGCCCCUAGCCCUGGCCCUGCCCCUGGCCCUGGCCCUGGCUCUGAGGAGCAUUGAGGCCACUGCCCACCUGUGCUGGUUCCUGGUCUCCGAGCACCAGGAGGCGCUGUGCAUCCGUGGGAAAUUUCUGAGGCUGUUUCUUUGGCUGGCUGGCUCCAGUGUCCAUCAAGUUCCCGGCGUGCUCUGA